AUGUCAACUCCAUCCAACAAUAAUUCAACAUUGCCCCUUCACAUGUACAUCAGGCCAUUAACAGUGGAAGAUGCAGAACAAAUAAACAAGUUAGAAUCAGAAGGAUUUCCACCAAAUGAAAGAGCUCCUAUGUCUACGAUCGAAUUCCGUUUGAAGGCAUGCCCAGAGUUAUGCUCUGGUUUAUUUAUUAGGGAUUUUGACCCUAAUACUAAAGAAAUAAAAAGUGAAAAAUUAAUUGGACAUAUUCUUGGGACGAAGAUUACUGGUGGUAGCUAUAUUACUUUAGAAAGUAUGGGAUUGGUUCAUGAUGAAAGUAGUGAUGUUAUUGGUAUUCACUCUGUGGUUAUUGAUCCAGAAUUUCAAAAGAAAAACUUGGCAACUUUAUUGCUAACUGACUACAUUCAAAAGAUGAGUAAUCAAGAAGUUGGUAGAAAGAUUGUCAUUAUUGCACAUGAACCAUUGGUACCAUUCUAUGAACGUGUCGGGUUUAAAGUUGUUGGAGAAAACAAACAAGUCCUUAAGGAUGCUGCAUUCGCCAAUUCUAAAUGGAUUGAUAUGGAAAGAGAAUUGAUUAAGGAAGAAUAUGAUAAUUAA